AUGAAAUACAUUACAUUAACCUAACAUUUCUAAACAGUAGCGAUGUUAUAUGAAAAAUGUGCAGAUCUUUCCUCAUAAAUAGAUUCACUUCAAUCAUAAAUAUCAAAUAAUAAUGGAUAAAUUGAAAAUGUAGAAGUUGAAUAAUAACUUCCAAUUAUUUAAGAACCCAUUUCUAAAGUUCCUGAAAAAAAGAAUACUCAACUUUAAAUUGAGAUAAUACCAUAAGAAAAUAAUAUUAUUGAAGAACAAAAAUCAAAUUAAGAAAAAAUUGUAUAGAAAAUUGGAAAAUCCAUUUAGAAAUCAGUAAAGAUGAAGGUUUCAUUAAAAUGUGAUCAUUGUGAUAAAGUUUAUUAAACUGAAAAAUAAUACAAAAAACAUAGAUAUGGAGUUAAAUAUAGAAGAAUCAAAUAAAAAUUAAAAAGUAAAUCUUAGAGAAAUCAUUAAGCAAAAGAUUAAAGUGAAUUUAAAGAUUUGAAAGAAAAAAAAGACAAAAGGGAAUAAUCUAGCAAAAAAUAACUUGAAACGUUCUAAAUAUGCUUGUGA